AUGAUGCACGCCCAUGUACAAAAAUCAGGCUGGUUGUCUAGCGUAUUUGUCGGCAGUGCGUUGGUCGAUUUUUACGCAAAACUGUGUGUAAAUGAUGCAGCAAUGAUGUUUGAUGAAAUUCCUAGUAAGAAUACUGUGUGUGUAAAUGUGCUUUUGUCAGCUUAUGCUGAGGCUAAAAUGUGGGAUGAAGUAAUCCAACUGGUCAGGAGAAUCCCAGGGCUAAGUUUUGAUGUUGACAAUUUUACACUGACGGCUGCGUUACGUGCAUGUGCUGGGCUGUGCGAAGUAGAGAUGGGUAGGCAGAUUCAUGCCACUGUUCUUCGUAAAUUUGAUUUGGGAGCUGAUGUGUUUCUGCAGAGUUUAUUCAUUGAAAUGUAUGGGAAGUGUGGACUAGCGGAGAGGGCAAGGCAAGUUUUUGAUAUGGUAGGAUUUCGAGUAAAUGGUGAGAGAAAAAGAGAUGUUGUUUUGUGGACUUCGAUGCUUUGCGUCUACGGUAGAAAUGGGAAUUAUGUGGAAGUGAUUAGGCUGUUUGGCAACAUGUUGAAGGAAGGGAUCAGACCUGAUGGAGUGGCAUUUUUGACUGUCAUCUCAGCUUGUAGUCACACUGGCCAAGUGGAAAUCGGGAUGGAGUACUUCAAGUCCAUGUCCCUAUAUGGAUUGUUUCCAAGCUCGGAGCACUAUAGUUGUCUGGUUGACUUGCUUUGCCGUGCUGGAGAGCUGGAGAAGGCCUGGGAGUUGGUUGCUGAAAUGCCACAUAGUGAGGACGGCAACUACACCAUUUCCAUGUGGGGAACAUUACUUAGCGCUUGCAAUGAGCAUGGAAAUGUUGAUUUGGGUAAGUUGGCUGCUCAACAGGCACUUGAGUUGGAGCCUCAGAAUGUUGGAAUAUAUGUUCUACUGUCAAAUAUGUUUGCUAGGAACGGUAUGUGGGAUGAGAUUGGGCAAUUGAGAGAAUUGAUGAAAAUGAGAGGAUUAAAGAAGGAUAUUGGAUGGAGUUCGAUAGGCGUUGCAAAUUGA